AAUCUAAUCCCGACCUAAAUCUCCAUCACUUUCCCUUGGCAUUACUCCCCCCGCCACUUACAAUGCACCACCUUAAGAGCCUUCUCCACCACCACCGCGACCAUCACCACGAGCACCAGCAGAAGGCCGGAAUGACCACCAUGGCGGAGGCCGGGGAGCGAGACCCGCCGACGUGGGCGGAGCUGCUGGGGAGCCACGACUGGGAGGGCCUGCUGGCGCCGCUCGACCUGGGGCUCCGGAGGCUGAUCCUCCGCUGCGGCGACUUCAUACAGGUCACCUACGACACCUUCAUCAACGACCAGAACUCCAAGUACUGCGGCUGCAGCCGCUACGGCAAGGCCAACUUGUUCCAGAAGGUCAUGAUGGAGAACGGAUCCGAUUACGAGGUCGUGUCCUUCCUCUAUGGAACGGCGCGGAUCAGCAGCAAGGAGAACUUCCUGUUCCACUCGCAGUCGCGGGAAGCGUGGGACCGCGAGUCCAACUGGAUCGGCUACAUCGCCGUGACCACCGACGAGGUCAGUAAGCAGCUGGGCCGCCGCGAAAUCUACGUCGCGUGGCGAGGCACGACACGGAACUACGAGUGGAUCAACGUCAUGGGUGCGAAGCGCAAGUCCAUCGAGGCGCUCCUCAGCACGAACAACGACGGCGGCAGACAUGAGCUCGGGGAAGAGGAGGCCAAGUACAACUCUAGCAGCAGCGAUGACGACGAGAAAGACGACGACCGUGACGACAACGAAGUCCCGAAAGUCAUGCUGGGUUGGUACACCAUCUACACGACCGACGACCCGAGGUCGCCCUUCACCAAGCUGAGCGCGAGGACGCAGCUCUUGACCAAGAUCAACGAGCUGCGAGAAAAGUACCGGGGCGAAAAUCUGAGCGUCACCUUCACUGGCCACAGCCUCGGCGCAAGCCUGUCCAUCUUGGCCGCAUUCGACAUCGUCGAGAAUGGGGUCCGGGACAUCCCUGUCUCGGCCUUCGUCUUCGGGUUGCCCCAGGUUGGGAACAAGGCGUUUGCCGAGCGGUGCAAGAAUUACCCGAAUCUCAAGUUCCUGCACGUGAGGAACACCAUAGACCUCAUCCCCCACUACCCGAGCAAGCUCCUGGGGUACGUGGACACGGGGAUCGAGCUCGAGAUCGACACGAGGAAGUCGCCGUGCCUGAAGGACUCGAAGAACCCGAGCGACUGGCACAACCUGCAGGCGAUGCUGCACAUAGUGGCGGGCUGGAACGGCAAGGACGGGGAGUUCGAGCUCAAGGUGAAAAGGAGCUUGGCCUUAGUCAACAAGUCGUGCGACAUGUUGAAGGACGAGUGCUUGGUGCCCCCAUCGUGGUGGGUGGAGAAGAACAAGGGAAUGGUGUUGGACGAGGACGGCGAGUGGGUGAUGGGGUCGCUGGCCGACAAGGACCUGCCCGUCCCCGAGUAUUGACCGGCUGCCGGCGGCCGUGGGUCCGGGAUUGUUAUUUAAUUCCUUCCAUGUCUUGAAAAGUUGUUCACCGUCCAUGUCGCUGGUGUCCUUGUCCUCCGGACAUUCACUCCUCUUGAUGUGUCGUGUGUCUGUUUGGGUGUGGAUUAAACUGGUGAUUUUGCUGUGCAGGAGAGAUCUACGGGACUUGUCGUUUUUUAUUUAGUUAAGGACGGUUCUCCGUCUCCGUGGGAUGAUGCGACCGCUUCAUGUGCAAGGUUUGAUUAGUUUGCUAGACCUUGUUGAAAUUUUAACUUACAAGAUGAAGGAUCUCUUG